ACCGGCAGAGCCGCACCCGCCGUGUGGUCCUGUCCGUGAUGUCCGAGGCGACUUGGUGGCAACGAGGAGGGACUUCAAAACAUGACCUGCAUUACCGAAGGGAAGCGGAGGUUAACACCACACUUGAAGAGUUGUUACUAUACUUUAUUUUUCUAAUAAAUCUAUGCAUAUUGACUUUUGGGACGGUCAACCCACAUAUGUACUACUUAAACAAAGUCAUGUCAUCUCUGUUUGUGGACACUUCUCUACCUGAUGACGAAAGAAGCAGCUUUAGGUCCAUUCGCAGCAUAACUGAGUUCUGGAAGUUCAUGGAGGGACCCCUCGUGGAAGGCUUGUACUGGGACUCGUGGUACGGAAACACACAGCCGGACAGCAUGAAGAACAGCAGCCGCAUCUACUACGAGAACAUUCUCCUCGGUGUCCCCAGAGUGCGGCAGCUGCGAGUCCGAAACAGCACUUGCCAGGUCUACCCAGCUUUCCGGUCCCUGGCCAGCGACUGUUACAACAAAUACACAGCAGAGAACGAGGACUUCUCUGAUUUUGGCCUCAAACAUGAUGCAGAAUGGAGGUACUCGGCUCCUUCCAGCACCGCCCCAUGGCACUGGGGGUUUGUCGGCAUCUACCGAGAUGGAGGAUAUAUGGUCACUUUAUCAAAAUCAAAGUCUGAAACCAAAGCCAAACUCGCUCACCUGCGGCUGAACAACUGGAUCGGCAGAGGGACCAGGGCUGUUUUCAUUGAUUUUUCGUUGUACAAUGCUAACGUCAACCUGUUUUGUAUCAUCAGGCUGCUGGCGGAGUUCCCUGCGACAGGCGGGAUCCUCACCUCCUGGCAAUUCUACUCCGUGAAGCUCAUCAGAUACGUCUCCUACUACGACCACUUCAUUGCCUCCUGUGAAAUCAUAUUUUGUAUUUUCCUUUUGGUCUUCAUAACACAAGAACUGAGAAAACUGAAUGAGUUUAAGUCUGCCUAUUUCAGAAGUGUCUGGAACUGGAUAGAACUGCUGCUUUUGGUGCUCUGUUUCCUUGCCGUGUCUUUCUACGCGUACUGUAACGUACAGUGUUUCCUCUUACUUGGACAGCUGCUGAGGAGCACGGAAAGCUAUCCGGACUUUUACUUCCUGGCAUACUGGCAUAUUUACUAUAACAACAUAAUUGCUAUCACGAUCUUCUUUGCAUGGAUAAAGAUAUUCAAAUUCAUAAGCUUCAAUGAGACGAUGUCUCAGCUGUCAUCCACGCUCUCCCGCUGCAUGAAGGACAUCGUGGGCUUCGCCAUCAUGUUCUUCAUCAUCUUCUUCGCCUACGCCCAGUUGGCGUUUCUCGUUUUUGGGUCACAGGUUGAUGACUUCUCCACCUUUCAAAAUUCCAUAUUUGCACAAUUUCGAAUUGUCCUCGGGGACUUUAACUUUGCUGGCAUCCAGCAGGCCAACUGGAUAUUGGGGCCCAUCUACUUCAUCACCUUCAUCUUCUUCGUAUUCUUCGUGCUCCUGAACAUGUUCUUGGCAAUAAUUAAUGAUACCUAUUCUGAAGUGAAGGCCGAUUAUUCGAUAGGCAGAAGACCAGAUUUUGAACUUGGUAGCAUAAUUAAGAAGAGUUGCUUCAAUAUUCUCGAGAAACUCAGACUCAGGAAAGCUCAAGAUAAUGAAGACAAGAAAAUGAAAACCAGCGUAGACUUGGCACAAGCCAGAAAAGAAGGCUUUGAUGAAAGCGAGAUCCAAGAGGCAAGGCAGAUGAAAAGGUGGAAGGAAAACCUUGAAAAAAAGUAUUAUUCUACCGAAAUUCAAGACGACUACCAGCCUGUCACUCAGCAAGAAUUUCGAGAACUCUUCUUAUAUGCGGUGGAGCUUGAGAAGGAGCUACGCUACCUGAGUUUAAAACUGAACCAAGUGAUGAGAAAGCUACACUAGCUCGCUGACGAGUGAGUCGUUUUGUAAGAAAAAGGCAACUGAAGAAUUUCAUUCAGUGUGAAGAUUUUCCUCUCAAUUUUCUUCAGUAAUAAAAAACAAAAAGUAAACAAAAAAGCCUUGUAUUUCCAAAGUUCUUGAAGUAAAAAGAAUAAAAUUCUUGUCCUUUGCUAAUAGAUGUACCUGCAUGUUUGCUAAGUGAGGAGGGAUCUGCGGUAGGUAACGUGGCUAAGUGAGGAGAGGUCUGUGGUAGGUAACGGGGCACAGCCUUUCCUUGCCCUACUGAAACCACAAACAAGGACAAAAUGGAAUUCUCUGAGUGCCUGACAAAGUGAACGCAAGGAUGAGCCAAGCACACAUGGUGAACCAUCAGGGAACACAAUCACUUUAUGAUGUCAACUUUCAAGCAACAUAUUUUAUAUGGAUUUUGAAGAGUCUUGUUUGCUGAUAAGAACUUCAAGAAGUCUAAGCUUGGCUUUAAUUCUUUUGUAUUCCUUAUAUUCCUCAAGGACUGGAACACGAUCCUCCUUUUGGGCAUUCCUGGGGAAGAUAAAACUCUGUAAAAU